AUAUUCCAAAACAAGCCAUUAAUUCACUCAAACUUCAUACCAUUAUAAAUAGCUAGCUAUGGUUUUGGGAAAUGAUAAAGAGAAACAAAGUCAAGUAUGGAGAACAACAAUAUAGAGAGUAAUAGUAAUAACAGAAUGAAUGAAGCAAAAGUUCACACUGUUGUUGAGCUUGGUGGGCUUGAAACAAAGAGCACAGAGAGUCUUCUUUGUGAUGUUGAUGAUUUUGAAGAGAGUGAAAAACAACAACAGCAACAAAAACAAUUACCUCUUAAAAAUUCUCUAUCUCCUAGACAAAUGAAAUCCCUAGUUGCUCUUUGUGAUACUUUGUUACCUUCCAUCAUAGACAACAACGUUGUUGCUUCCUCUGAUGAAUAUGUCAACAACUUCUACCGUACUUCUGCUUCCAUGGCUGGCACACCUGAACGUGUUGCAAAUUUGGUGAGUGAGAAACUGAAUCACCCAAGUACGAAGUUAUUUACAUUGACAUUAUGGCUACUAUCAACAUGGUUUGGUACAUUGAUUCUGUGUGGUACAGCAUGUCUCUCAAAAAAAUCACCCUUCUUUCUUAGCUUUCCCGAGUUAUCUUCAGAGAAACGCCAAAAAAUAAUGCAAUCUUGGUCUGUUAGUUACUUUCGUCUCCAUAAAAUGUUAUUCAGAACUAUAAAGCUUCUCACACUCCUAGUGUUCUUUACUCAGCUAGAUGAAGAAGAAAACAACCCAUCAUGGAAGGCAAUUGGGUAUAGUGGACCUGAUCCAGAGUUCAAAGCGCGGCAGAAGAACAAAAUUUUACACAAAACAUCCAUAGAAGGAGGAGAAGAAGAUGAUGAAGAGGUUUUAGGACCUCUUUACAAAGGUCUUGUCCAUCUGAACUACCCGUGUGAUAUCAUUUCGGAUUCUCUAAGACGAUUCGGAUUCCAUGUAUCUGUGACUCCUCCGACAAAUAAUAAAGCUUCUACGAUAUCAUCUCCUUCUCUAGUUAUCCAAUGUGAUGCAGUAGUUGUUGGUUCUGGCUCAGGAGGUGGAGUGGUAGCAGGAGUUUUAGCAAAAAGUGGUUAUAAAGUGUUGGUAUUGGAGAAAGGACAGUAUUUUGCUAGGAAGAAUCUUUCCCUUCUUGAAGGACCAUCCCUGGAUCAAAUGUACCUAUCUAAUGGUUUGAUAGCAACAGAUGAUAUGUCAGUACUAGUACUAGCAGGUUCCACAGUUGGUGGAGGGUCUGCAAUAAAUUGGUCAGCCAGUAUCAAAACACCUAACCAUGUAUGCAAGGAGUGGUGCGAUCGGCAUGAGCUAGAACUGUUUGAAAGUAAAUUAUACAAAGAAGCAAUGGAUGCUGUGUGUGAGAAAAUGGGAGUCCAAUCUGAUUUUGACGACGAAGGAUUUAACAAUGCAGUACUAAGAAAAGGGUGUCAUGAAAUGGGGUAUCCUGUUAGUAACAUUCCUAGGAAUGCUCCACCAGAUCACUACUGUGGCUGGUGUUUUAUGGGAUGUAAGGAUGGAAAAAAGAAGGGUACAUUAGAGACAUGGCUUGUAGACAUGGUGAAAUCGGGUAAUGGAGCAAUUCUUCCUGGUUGUGAGGCUAUACAAAUUUUACAUGGAGAAAAGAAAGGAAGAGGCGGAAAAAUAGCAAAAGGAGUGGCUUUUGCAAUUGACAACAAGGGAAAAAAAGAAUUCUGUGUGGUGGAGUCUAAGGUCACAAUUGUAGCCUGUGGCGCACUAAGUACUCCACCGUUACUCAAAAGAAGCGGGUUGAAAAAUGAAAACAUAGGAAGGAACUUGCAUCUUCAUCCGGUGACAAUGGCUUGGGGAUACUUCCCUGAUGCACCUGAAUUGUGGCCAGAGGAACAUAAAAAAAGCUAUGAAGGAGGGAUUAUGACAGCAAUGUCUACAAUUGCCGCCGACUUUAACAAAUCUGGAUAUGGUGCGGUGAUCCAAACACCUUCAUUGCAUCCAGGCUUAUUCUCAAUUCUAAUGCCGUGGAAUUCUGGAACGCAAAUAAAAGAUCGAAUGCGCAAGUUUUCCAGGACAGCUCAUGUAUUUGCUUUGGCAAGGGAUCAAGGAUCAGGAACUGUGGUGGAGUCACCUAACCAUAUAAGUUAUCAAAUGAAAGAUGUAGACAAAGAUAACUUAAGCAAAGGAAUUGAGAAGGUGCUUAGAAUAUUAGCAGCAGCCGGAGCCGAAGAAAUUGGGACCCAUAAUAAUAAGGGAAGGAGCUUAAAGGUUAACGAAGUGAGCUAUCAUGAAUUUGAGAAAUUUGUUAAUGAAGAAAGCUCAAUGUCAUUUACUGACCUUUCGACACCAGUAUGCUCCGCACACCAGAUGGGAAGCUGUCGUAUGGGUAAUAACCCAAAGGAAUCGGUUGUGAACCAAAUGGGAGAAACAUGGGAAGUUGAGGGUCUUUAUCUUGCAGAUUCAAGUGUUUUUCCCACAGCUUUGGGUGUGAAUCCAAUGGUCACAAUUCAGGCAAUUGCAUAUUGCACGGCACAACAUGUUCUUGAAGUUCUCAAAAGGAAAAGAUGAAGAGGAGAGCAUUCAUGUUGUAAUGUGUAACAUCCCGAAUUUUUAUGCAAGAUAUUCCUUAAAA